UACUCUUUGACAUAAUCAAUUAACCCCUCUUAUAUACUACUUAUUUCAAACUUCAGUGUCAACUUUGUGAAGAAUCAAACUUCAAUGUUCCAUUUGUCAAUAACCCAACAUUUACUGAUAAUUUGUACAAUCGACUCAAAUUGGUGGUUGAUAAGUAAUAAGUCACUUGUAAGAAAGGAAGAACAAGAAGAGUUUUUUUACGAUAGAAUAACAAAAAGAGACUAAGAACAAAAAGAUAAAUUAAAACACCAGUCAACCAGUCUUGGGAUUCAUCAGCACAAACUUUUGAAAGCUGCCUUUCCUUUUGAACUAGCUUCUCACGAGCCAUUCCAUGAACAAAUUUUCUCAAAAUUCCCCACCAAUAUAUCUCCAACCAUCAUCAUAGUCAUCAUCAUCGUCACAAAAAGAAACAUUCUUAAAGAGAGCAAAUUAAAACUACCAACCCAAAUGAUAUCUUCAAAGGAUGUCUACCAUGUGGUUGCAGCCACAAUCCCACUGUAUGUCGCCAUGAUACUUGCCUACACAUCAGUGAAAUGGUGGAAGCUGUUCACCCCAGAGCAAUGUGGUGGGAUCAACAAGUUUGUGGCCAAGUUCUCCAUCCCAUUGCUCUCCUUCCAGAUCAUCUCGGCCAACAACCCUUACAACAUGAGCCUGAGGCUCUUACUCUCGGAUUUCGUUCAGAAACUGCUGGCGAUUGUGUUGAUUGGAGUGGUCACCAGGUUCUGGUUCAGAGGUUGGAGGCUGAGUUUGGUCAUUACAGGGCUGUCUCUGUCGACAUUGCCCAACACGUUGAUCAUCGGGGUCCCGGUUUUGAAGGCUAUGUAUGGUGGCGAGGCAGAGUCACUGCUGUCUCAGAUUGUGUUCCUGCAGAGCAUUGUUUGGUACAAUUUUCUGCUGUUUAUGUUUGAGGUCAAUGCUGCCAUGGCUGCAACUGCUAACCCCUCUCCAGAAGUUGCAGGUGGGAACCAUAGGGAUGGCUCUGCCUCUGAUCAAGGAGAAUCAAAGGAUGGAGCAGCAGCACAAGAACAAGAAGCUUCUGAGAACACAGGAAAGGAAGUGAAGAAGACAAUAAUGUCCAUUCUCAUCAUCGUUGGAAGCAAGCUGAUAAGGAAUCCCAACUUUUAUGCUACCUCGAUCGGCUUUGUUUGGGCUUGCAUUCGGUUCAGGUGGGGGCUAAAGCUUCCAGUUGUUAUCGACAACUCCAUCAUGAUACUGGCAACAGGUGGACUUGGCAUGGCAAUGUUCAGCUUAGGUAAUGACACCAACAUUUAGCUUCCUAGCUAUGGUAGAAGGUUUUGUACUCUUUGAUGUGUUUGUAGUGCUGAUGCUGCAGUUUGCUUUUCGAGAGCUUGGUGAUUUACCAAGCAUGAGCAAUAAAAUUGGGACAACAAAUACCGGGGGGGAAAAACUGGCUACCAUUUGGCUGUGCCCUCUAAUCCUGGUCUUGUGAUAGAAACCUAUUUCUAGGGUUCUAUCGAUUGGUUUCGGAAUUUGGGAAUUGAUUGAAAUUUAGGGAUUUAGAAUAGAAUUGGGAAUUAGAA